AUGGGCUGGGCAUCGAUUCUAACAUAUCCUCUGUCAUUUGUCCUUGCUUUUACAAUCCGAUUGCUGUCUUAUUUGUUGUCAAUCCUUCUCUUCCUCGCAUCGCCAGUGAUCUAUAUUGGACAUGUCGUCUUAUACCUGGCUCUGCUUCCGUUGCGUAUCCUCGUUAUAUUAGAGGCAUUCCUCUAUUUCAUGACAGGGGCCGUGUUAGUCGGAGCCACUAUAGGGAUGAUCCUACAUUUUACCGGCAGUACCAUAUCACAGUUCCUGCAAAUUGAAGAGUCAGAUGAACCACGGCGGCCUCGUGUGAAACAGGAGCUUCUGGAUUCCGAACCCCAGAAUCCAUCCUUCGACUAUCUAGAAGUGCAGAUGGAGGAUCGCAAGUUCCUGCCCUACUCGACGAUCUUGGAGGAAGAAGAGAAUAGCCAUGAGUCAGGUUGA